GCUCUGGAAGGUAUCCAUCUGCAGUCUCGACAAUUACAAGCCCGUGCCUCAGUUCCUGGUGGUCGAUGCCACUGACACCCUCAUCUCCGAUUGUAAGUACGCCGGAGCGGGAGGUAAAUCCACCGACAAAGAUGGCUCGAUGUUCGUGUCCGCCUAUGCAUCAGAUCAAAACCCAACAAAGAUGAAGCGCGACAACACUUGGACCGAAGCUUAUCGCAUUGAGAACGCCGCGCCCGAAAACUUCAAGCAGCAGGUCUUGAGUGCACUUCCCGGUGGCUCCAGCUGGGCACUAACCACAGAGCAAUCGCAAACCAAUAGGGUUGAGGCCAGUGUUUCGCUGUCUGAAGACUUCUUCACGAUUUUCUCGUCCAGCCAGUCAAUCACUUAUGGCUAUGAGAAGACCGUGUCUACCUCUACUACUCAAACCAUCAAUAACAACUGCGCGAACGAUCAGACAGGCACCCUCUUCUGGUACCCCUUGUUCACCCAACAUCAUGGUGGCUUCAGCGAGGGGCCUUCGCCCGUCGACAUUUAUGUUCCCGUUAGCGAAGGCGACGACGGUGCCGUAGGCAAAUACCAGGUCGUCUGCUCCGGCUAGAUGUACCAAGAGAUGUGUGGUAGAGGCUAUUCAAACGAUGAAAAGGUCAGGGAUUGAGAUGUUUCCUUUGUCUUAUCUUACGAGCUUUGUCACUCGCUU